CGACGACGCCGCCGUUGUUCACUUGUGAGAAUCAUGGACGCGCUGAGAGCGUGCGACGAGUUCAAGGCGAAGGCGACGGCAUGCUACGGCGCCUGGUUCGACCGGCUGCUGGCGGGACGCUUUGAGCAAGCUGACUGUGUGCAGGAGUCAGACGACUACAAACAAUGCAUCCUCGACGCCAUCGAGCGCAACAAGGACCAAGCCAAGCCGACACGUCCGCCGACGUCGCGGCCGCCACCAACCGCGCCAGCUCCGUAGAGAUCUUUAACACGUAUAUCCCAACCAUCGAUAGACUGGCA